UGAAGUUGUGUGAAACUUAAACGUUUGGUUUUCUUUAUUGGUAACGACGUUUUUAGACAUUCAUAUGAAAAUUAGUGCUAAGGAUGGCUUUAAUAACACGGAUUAUACUUAUUUUUAUAAACAUGUCGUUUGUAUUGUGUGUGAGAAAGUAUUGUGUACGGAUGGAUUAUACAUCUUUUAAGUGCAACUAUAUUCCAACAGACAUUCCAAACGGAGUUUCAUCUGUUCGACUAUGGAAUUUUAAGGGACCCAAUUUAAAUUUUACAAUUAAUAACACAUUUUUUAGAACGUACAACUGGAAAAAAGUUAAAAAACUUGAAUUAUCAUACAAUGUGAGUGAACCUUUCAGUCAUUUUAAUUUCACUUCAGCAUGUUUUGUAGGUCUACAUUCGCUGGAGGAAUUACACAUGCAUAUAUUGCCAUGGAUUAUAAUGAAUUCGAACGUCUUCCUUGGUUUAGAAAAGUUAAGUUUAUUAGACCUGGAUUCUUGUAAGCGUUUCCCUUUGACUGAUUUAAUUCCAUGCCUAAAUGGUAUGACAAAACUGCCACGUUUACAGCAUUUGAUACUGUCGAAACUUAAUAGUCUCUGGGAUCCUAUUGACAUAGACACAAGAUUUACAAACGCGCUGAAAGACAAAAAUAUAUCCUCUUUAGAUUUAAGCUCAACAGUUAUAUCUAAUAUAAAUUUUACAGCUUUGUCGUUAGACAUGAACAAAUUGAAAAUUUUGAAUAUUUCUCAUUCUUCUAUCUCAAAUACUAUUUUAAUAUUCACCACGAAACUAAAACAAUUAAAUAUAGAUUCUUUUGAUGCGAGCUUUUCUACAUUAUUCCGUUUUAUUCCAUCUGCCAGUUUAGUCAACAUAACAAAGAAUAUUUCAGAUCUGCCGAGAUGGAAUUUUUUUCUCGCGCCUAAAGUUGUAAACUACAGUAAUAUCUUCCUUGGUAUAGGUUACAUUCGAAUAAUUAACUCUACGAUAAUAGUGGACAAGCCUGUCCAAUGGCAGAGCCGUGAAAUUAUACUCAGCAAAAACCAUUUGAAAUACCUAGAUAUAAAAAUCCUGAGUGACACCUAUACAUUCGAUAUGAUCACGCGUUUUGAUUUAGCUGAGAACGAGCUGGAAUUUCUACAUCCAAGUUUAACGGCUUCGGUGCCAAACAUAGAAAAACUGGAUCUGUCUAAAAACCAACUUUUCAAAAUGGUUCAAGGGCACAAAUUGUUAUUUUCACAAUUAUUGCUUUCAUUGCGCCAUCUGAAGAGAAUAAAUCUAUCGUCAAAUGAUUUAAGUACCAUACCGACAAAAAUGUUUAUAAAAAGUCAUAAUCUACAAUUUAUUGACCUUUCUUGGAACCAAAUGGAACAGGUGACGUUUACCUUAAGCCAUUUAGAAAAACUCAAAGUAUUACUGCUACAGAACAACAAGAUUAAAGAUUUCGAUGUUUUAUCAAUGAGAAAUAUAGACUCCGUCAUCGCCAAUAUCUCAUACAUGACACACAAUAAGUUAAGUGUAUAUCUGGAGUAUAACCCUCUGUCGUGCUCAAAAUGCGAGACAGAAGCAUUUAUAAACUGGCUUUUAAGUACAAAGUAUGUGAUAAUUCCACUUUCCCAUCUAGCAUGCAGUGAUGAUAAUGGCUCUUUUAGAGCCAUUGAUCAAGUUACAUACAAAUAUGUUCAAGGCAUUUGCCGAAGGAGAAUUAUUAUUAUUUCGACAAGCGCAGCUAUCGGAGUUAUGGUCCUUGUCGCUCUUGUUACAAUAGUUGCCGUCUACAGAUAUCGUAAAAAGGUUCAGAGGAAAGCAAACAGAAUAGAAUUGAUUAACAAACUUCAUAACGGAGAAGGACAAUAUGAAUUUGUUGUUUUCUUGUCUUACAGUAACGAUGAAGUCUUUGUAAAAGAUUAUCUGUAUAGAAACUUGGAUGAAAAUCUUAAACAAAUGACGAGAAUAGAUAGAGAUUUAAUAUGUACGUCUGAUACGCAUGUAGAUGGUGGUCACAGAGUAAUAGGAGAAAAUGGACAAUGUAUAGAGAGAUGCUCUGCAUUAAUUGCGGUCGUGUCAGAAAAUUAUCUUAUCGAUCCAAACUGCUGUUUAGAUUUAGAUUCUGCAGGCAUCUCACAAACGCCUAUUGUAAUAUUUACAAAUGAAGCAACAGGCGAAGCCUUAUUUACACAACGAACGUUGAAGCCUUUUAGAAAAAGACCCAGAGUCACAUGGAAGAUUGAAAAUAAUCAGUACAAAAUGAAUACAACAUUUGAAGAUCUUUAUUUGCUUCUUUUAGACAUUAUUGCUAACAGUGACUAGAUAGAGUAAUAAACGAGGGGACGAGAAAUGCUCAAAGCGGACAUUAAAGUUCCAGCUAAAAAAAAUCUCUAAAAAUGACCCGUCAUGGUAAAAAAGCUGUUUGAACAAGUAACAAACUAUUGCAGCACUCUUAAGCAAAGACUAGAAAUUAUUUUGCUUCCAAUACAGUUAUACAAACAAGUGCACUUACUUGCUAUAACACAUAUCUAUCGAUACAAUAUGAUACAAAAUAAAAUAAUCAUUUUUGCAAUAUCGUAGUUUACAGUUCACAGUUAAUGGCAUUUUAAAUACAAAAUGUUAGUAAUUAUAUUGUGAAACGUCUAGCAAAAUCAGCAAUGGUUAAUUGUGUGCAGUAGUCUGAGAACAUUUCAAAAUUAUGGAAAUGAGACGAAUUGCAUAAAGAGUAUUUUUACAUUUACCUAUUAUUGUAUUUUUGUUACAGUUCCUGGAUCAUAACUGAAGUUCUUGGUGUACAUGUAUUGUGUUUAUACUUACCCUUGGUAUAAGACCUUAAAGUAGAACAGACUAAACUUGACCUUCAUUCAUAAAUGAAUUUAAUCUUUAAGGUAAAAUGUCUAAACUUUGCUUUUAUUGUGAUAUUAAUGGCUAUAACUUUAUUAUUUUAAAAUGAAUGUCUCCAAACUUGAAAAUAACAAUUUUAAGGACAGACCUUUCAGUUAAACAGACAAACCUUGACCUUAAGUCAUAAAUGUCCUUGAUCUGCAAAGACAAAUAAUUUGACAUUUUCUUUUCUUUGCUGUAGCUGGCUAUAACUUAUUAAUAAUUGGUUUGACGACUUCAUAUUAAGACACACCCAUUCUUUAGGAAAGGACAUCUAUGUAUGUCAAACUCCACUUGACAUUGGCUUUUUUAUGACAUUGAUUUCGAAAUGUUUACUGAUUUUUGCUAUAAUUGACAAUAAUUUUGGCAAUUAUGGCCCCCUCAAAGAAGUGGGGGUAUAUUGCAUUGCAUAUGUCUGUCGGCGGUUGGUCGGUCCGUAGAACGCUUCUGACUAUUUUCUUCAAACUUGGUAUUGGGAUUGUUCAUGAAUCAUGAUAGGAAGAUGAACCCUUUUGUUUAUCUUUAGGUCAAAGGUCAAGGUCAAAUUGAACUUGAAUGUCAAGAUGGUUUCCAAUUAAUAACUCAACAACUCAUUUGACCUUUAAACUUUACAGGUUCAUUGGACUUGGUCUGUAGAUAACACCUAUUGAUUUUGGGGUCAAGGGGUCAAAGCAAUGGACAAGGCCAAAAUGACUUUGAAUGUAAAAAAUGUUUCCUAUCAACUUGACAACCCAUGGGCUGUUGACCGUCAUAGUCGUAGGUGAAUGAGCCUUUGCAGGUAUAUGAACCCUAUUGAUUUUGGGGUCAAAGGUAUAACAGGUUUCCGAUCAAUAAAUUGACAACCCAUGAGCCUUUUGCCAUCAAACUAUUUAGGUGCAUUGACCAUAGCCAGUAGACGACCCCCAUUGAUUUUGGGGUCAGGGGUCAAAGGUUAAUGUCACAUUGACCUUGCAUGUCAAAGCACAUUCCGAUCAAUUACUCGACAACAAAUGGACUAUUGACCUUCAAACUUCACAAAUGCAUUAGUUUUGGUCAGAAGAUGACCUCAAUGGAUUUUGGGGUCAAGGGUCAGAGGUCAAUAUCACAUUGACCUUAUGGGUAAAAACGGUUUCUGAACAAUAUCUCAACAACUCAUGGGUCCUUUACCUUCAAACUUCACAGGUAUAUUGGUCUUGGCCAGUAGCUGGUUUAAGGGCCAAAGGCCAAAAUCACACUGACCUUGUACGUGAAAACGGUUUCCAACCAAUAACUCAACAGCUUAAGUUGCCUUGGUUGUUAUUUUUAUUCAAAUAAAAAGUAUUUUGGUAUACACAUUUCAAGGUAUAUGUAAUAUAACAAAUUGGCUGUCAUUAAGGAGGCCUGCAUGAAAAUUUAUGCAUAUAUUACUAUGCCCCUUUUCAAACAUGUGGGGGUAUAUAGCUUUGCAUUUGUCUGUCGGUUGGUCCGUCGUUCAGUCGGUCUGUAGACCAAAUGGUUUCAGACCAAUAACUAAAGAACGCUUAGGCCUAGGAACUUCAAACUUGGUAUGGGGAUUGUUUAUUUUGGGGUCAAGUGGUCAGAGGUCGAGGUCAAAUUGACCUUGUUGGUAAAACCGAUUUCUGAUCUAAAAUAAAGAAUGCUUAGGCCUAGGAACUUCAAACUUGGUGUGAGGAUUGGUCUUGGCAAGAAAAUGACCCCUAUUGACUAUGGGAUCAAAGGUCAAGGUCAUAUUAACCUUGUAGGUAAAAUCGGAUUCCGAUCAAUAACUAAAGAAUGCUUAGGCAUAUGAACUUCAAACUUGGUAUGGGUAUUGGUCUGGGCUAAUAAAAAAUACCUCUAUUGAUUUUGGGGUCAAAGAAUCAAAGGUCAAGGUCAUAUUAUCCUUUAAGGUAAAAGCGGUUUCCGAUCAAUAACUAAACAACCCAUGGACCCUUGAACUCCAUAGGUGAUUUGCUCUUGGCCAGUAGAUGACCACUUUUGAUUUUUGGGUCAAGGGGUCAAAGGUCAAUUUGACUUUGAAGGUAAAAACUGUUUCCGAUCAUUAGCUUGAGAACCCAUGGGCCCUUGGCCGUCAAACAGCAUUGAUGCAUUGACCUUAGCCAGUUGAUAACCUGUAUCCAUUUUGGGGUCAAGUGGUCAAAGGUCAAGGUCACAUUGACUUUGUACGUAAAAACGGUGUCCGAUCAAUAACUUGACAUGCCAUUGGCUUUUAGCCUUAAAACUGCAUAGGUGAAUUGGUAUUGACCAGUAGAUAUAACCUAUUGAUUUAAAGGUCAAAGUCACAUUGACCUUGUACGUUAAAACGGUUUGCAAUCAAUAAUUCAACAAUUCGAGUUGCCUUAGUUGAUUUUUUUUUUUAUUAAACUAAAAAUGCUUUUGGUGUUAACAUUUUAAGGUCUAAAAUAAUAUUACAAAUUGGCCUUCAUUACGGAGGCCUACAUGUUUCAUAAAAUUUAAGUAUAUAUUAUUUGGUAAGAUUUAUGAUAGCUUUGUCAUAAAAUUGCUGCACACAACCUUUACGGUCACAAUGACCUAGUGACAAGUCAUGACCAGUAGAUAACCCUUAUUGAUAUUUUGGUCAUUUGGUCAAAAGUACGUGACAAUAACCUGGACACGUGGCUAAUUGGUUGCCGAUAGAGGGCAUACAUGUUUUACGAACAUAUCUUGUUUGGUAAGAUUUGUGAUAUCUUUGUCAUAUGAUUGCUGCACAUAACAUUUACGGUCACAAUGACCUAGUGACUAACCAUGACCAGUAGUUAACCCCUAUUGACUUUUUGGUCACUAGCUCAAGUCAGUCACAAUAACCCGGCCCCAUGACUAAUUGGCUGCUGGUUGGGGGCAUACAUAACUUAAAAUUAUAUCUACUUUCUUCAUACAAAGCAACAAAUUGUCAUACUUUCAUCAUUUAUGUACGAAAUUGAUUUAUACUUGGACAAAACAUGACUUGCUAUUAGCCGUAUUGAAUAACUUAGGAGUUUUACCUUGACCUUAAAUUGACAUUGACUGUUAGAUCCAACUUCGUUAUCUAUAAAUAGAUUAACUUCAUAUUUAGACACAAAAUCAUUUAUGCCAGGACAUUGACAUUGAAGAUCAAAUUAUUGAAUGGGCCAUAAUUGAAUGAUUUUUGCAGUAUUAACUGUAACUGGGUAAUUAAACAAUAGAUUAUCUUUAUACGACAAACAAUCUUUUUUACAAUACCUAUCAAAAUGUGGAACUGAAUUUAAGCUUAAAAUGACAUUGAAAGUUAUGGUCAAGUUAUUGAAUUUUCGGUAAAGUUGACAAAACUACUUUGUGACCAAACAAACAUGUUGAAUUUAGAUAUGACCUUGACCUUUAAAUGACAUUGACCGUCAAAUGAUUGAAUUUUGCUGAUAUUGUCUUAACUUUGUCAAAUUAUUUAACGGAAAUGAUUCAUACCGAGACCCAAAGACACAAGUGGGACUAGACAGACUUAUAUUAAAUAAGGAAAAACU